CAUCAUCAUGACAACAGAGAAGAGCCCAGCGGCGGAGGCGGACAGCUCGGAGCAGCAGCAAGGCAAGGAGGAGGAAGGAGCUGCUGAAACACAGAAGCAAGAGGCUGGCCUAGAGGAGGGACAGCCUGUGCUGGGGCUGAAGCAGAAGGCCUCCAACGGCGACACUCCCGCACCCGAGGAGCAGAGCAAGAAGGAGCGCCGCACCUCCGAGGGCCGCGGCCUCUCCCGCCUCUUCUCAUCCUUUCUCAGGAGGCCCAAGUCUCAGGUGUCCGAGGAGGACAAAGACAGUGAUGCUCCUAAAGAGGCAGGAGGUGACCAGAAAGACCCCGCAUUAGGAGCCAGCCCUGAUGAAGACAUCCUGGUGAAAGCCCCGAUUGCAGCUCCUGAGCCUGAGCUCAAAACCGAUCCAUCGCUAGAUCUCCAUUCCUUAAGCAGUGCUGAAACACAGCCUGCACAGGAGGAGAGGAGGGACGACCAGGACCUGGACCCCAGAGACCUCAGGGGCAAGGAAGGAGGUGAAGGGAAGGAAGAGAGCACCAAGCCAGAGCCCAAGCGAGAGACUCCGGACCCCAAAGCAGACAAGGAUUUGAAAGCUGCCCAGAAAGCAGUAAAAAGACACAGAAACAUGUACUGCAAAGUCGUCUUGCUGGAUGACACCCUUUUUGAGUGUGCCGUGGAUAAACAUGCCAAGGGGCAGGAUCUCCUUAAGAAAGUCUGUGACCACCUCAAUCUCCUGGAAGAAGACUACUUUGGUUUGGCCAUAUGGGACACACCAACCUCCAGGACGUGGCUGGAUCCUGCCAAAGAAAUAAAGAAACAGGUUCAUGGAGGCCCCUGGGAUUUUACUUUCAAUGUCAAGUUCUACCCUCCGGACCCUGCGCAGCUGACAGAGGACAUAACCAGGUAUUACUUGUGUCUUCAGCUCAGACAAGACAUCCUCACGGGGCGGCUGCCCUGUUCCUUUGCCACUCUGGCUCUGCUGGGUUCAUACACGGUCCAGUCUGAGCUGGGAGACUACGAUCCCGACCUGCACGGCCCAGAUUACAUCACUGAAUUCAAACUGGCCCCAAACCAGACAAAAGAGCUGGAGGAGAAGGUUGUGGAGCUUCACAAAACAUACAGAUCCAUGACUCCAGCCCAAGCAGACCUGGAGUUCCUGGAGAAUGCAAAAAAGCUGUCUAUGUAUGGAGUCGACCUUCACCAAGCCAAGGACUUGGAAGGAGUGGACAUCACUCUGGGAGUCUGUUCCAGCGGCCUUCUGGUUUACAAGGACAAACUGAGAAUCAACCGCUUCCCAUGGCCCAAAGUCCUCAAGAUUUCCUACAAGCGCAGCAGCUUCUUCAUCAAGAUUCGCCCAGGGGAGCAAGAACAGUAUGAAAGUACAAUUGGGUUCAAGCUCCCAAGUUACCGGGCAGCGAAGAAGCUGUGGAAAGUCUGUGUUGAACAUCACACGUUUUUCAGGCUGACUUCCACUGAGGCCAUCCCAAAGAGCAGGUUCCUGGCGCUGGGCUCCAAGUUCCGCUACAGCGGGCGAACACAGGCGCAGACAAGGCAGGCGAGUGCCCUCAUCGACCGCCCUGCUCCUCAGUUUGAGCGCACGGCAAGUAAGCGAGCAUCCAGGAGCCUGGAUGGAGCUAAACGUGCGACUCAGAAAGUUGAGUUCAGAGCCAUAGAGGAAGAGAAGCAGGAGGAGGUGGUGGUGGUUGAGGUUCCUGAACCAAAACCUGUGGAUCAGAUCCGAGAGAAGCCAGCCAAAUAUGCACUUGAACCUUUCCAAAUGAAGCCCAUUGCAGAGGAGGAGGAGAAGGAGGACAAGGUAGUGGUGGUUAAGGUCCCUGUGUCCGAGCCAAAGUCACCAGAGCCAUUGCGGACGUGGUCAGCCAAACAUGCUCUUGGCAUUGUUGAGAUAAGCCCAAUUGAAGAGGAGGAAGAAGAAAAAAUGCUGGUGAUGAGAGAACUAGAGCUGGUCCCAAAGGAGUCAGCAGCAGCUGUGAUAACCCCUGAGAGGAGUCCCCGUCCCACCUCUGCCCCGGCCAUCGCUCAGACCCACGCUGUAGAACCAGCCCCAGUGAAGCCCGACGUGAAGGAUGUGUCUGCUGCCCAUAAAGUAGAGAAAGAAGCAGCAAAACCUGAUGUGAGACGUGAAGAAAUCCCAGCAGAGAAAGCCAAGCCAGAGCCAGCUGAUGCAUCAAAGGUGAGGAAAACACACACUGAGGUCACAGUACCCACCACGAAUGGUGCCCAGCCCCAGCAGCAGCCUGCAGAGAAAGAGGAAGAGCUGAUAAGGAUGAGGAAGAAGAGAUCAAAGAGGCUAGAUGGUGAAAACAUUUAUAUCAGGCAUAGCAAUUUAAUGUUGGAGGAUCUAGAUAAGACCCAGGAAGAAAUAAAGAAGCAUCACGCCAACAUCAGUGAGUUGAAGAAGAACUUCAUGGAGUCCGUCCCGGAGCCUCGGCCGAGUGAAUGGGACAAACGUUUGUCCACUCACUCCCCAUUCCGAACCCUCAACGUCAACGGGCAGAUUCCUACGGGAGCGGAUGGAUCUCCUGGCUACUUUCUCCCUAAUCCUCAUCACUUAGGGGUGUGCAAAGAACCAGUCCCAAAAUACCGCCCUGAUCAAAGGAGGUUAGCUCAGCUCAGAGAGCUCAGAGCCAAGUUCUUCCUCUCCUAGGCACGCUUGGGUCUGACCAGGUCUGGCAAACUAAAGGGAUGGAGAGUUACUAAAAAGCUACAUUUCCCACAGCCUUUUCUGUCUUCAGUGGAAGCACUGGAGCCCUUGCUUGACCCUGUGAUGAUUUACUCAGUCUGGGCUUUUACAUUCUUUAGACUCCAGAAACUAAAGUGCAAAAGAGCAAACUGGAAGGAGGUUGCAGGGCUCCCACUGCCAUCCUGCAGCUCCGCGCUCAGCGUUUCUGAGCUGAGCGGUUUUCCACUUGUUCCAGUAGGGUUUUCAAAUGAAUUAUUUUGAUACUGUCACCAGAAGUUUGGCAAAGCUUUUUGUACCUGCACUGCAGUCUGGAUGCUCAGUGACACUGAGCAAAGGCUGCUUUCUGAGAGCCCUGUAGAGUAGGUGGCUGUCAGAGACCACGUUUUGUACUCCACUGCUUCUGUUCCUUAUGCCUCACAUGUUUUUUCUCAGCCAUUUCAAUUCCAAAACACUUCAGUGGGUUCCAAGCACACGCUUUUCUGGGAGGGCAGGUGUAAAUCAUGGUCAUGAUCCAGAUGUUUGUGUCAAAACACGCAUGAUCCUGAUGCAGAUGUUCAUGAGCUCUGCAGAGAGGACUGCGCUUUGUAGCCCUGAGGCUGGUGCAGCCCAAGCCACCAGCAGCUCUGCUCUCCUGGGCAGUUAAUUUUUACAUUGAGAAGGCUGUCCUCAUGCUUUGCACACCUCCAAGUAUCCUAUUGGGCACUUCCCAUCUGUCAUUUUUGUUCAUCUCUCUCUGUCUCUCUUGAUCUUCUACCACGAAAGCAGACACGGGAGCAUCCUCUGUUAGUACAGGAUGAAGACAAACUAAAAAAGCAGGAGAUACCUACUGAGACAGCCUUUGCCCGGCAAGCAAGUGAAGAAACUCUUCCAAAGGUUUCUAUUCCAAUCCCUGAAGAGCAGAAAGCACUCAAAAAGUGUCAGCUGUACUCUAGCAUUUUUCCUUCUCCACGUAUUCCCUUUAUGAUGUCCUUUCUCCUGGUCAUAGCACUGACUGUUUGGUGGCUGCUCUUUCUCUGAGUGGCAACAGGGUCGUGUUGAAACCUCAAGACCAAAGCUCCUGAAUGUCUUGGCCGUAGCCUCUGCUGCAUCUUCCUUGUCCUGGUCUUUGCUCUCCGUAGUUCACUGUCCCGGGAAGGGGACUCCCCACGAGCGUUGUGUUAAUCCUGCUCUGUGUCAUGUGUAGCUGUGAUCCGGGCCCUGGCAGGAGUGGUCAUGGAUUGCCAGGUCCAUUGGGAAGUUUCCUGCUCUAUAAUUGUACAGUGUGCUCCCAGUUGCUAUAAGAGGCCAGAUGGGGAGUGUAGAUACAUGGCAGGAGACAUUUGCUGCUUCAGCCCCUGUAGACAUCGCAUAGGCAUUGCUGAAGACUUGCUUUUAAGGUUUCAAUGUAAGGUAUUCACAAGAAGGACGUUUGAUGCUGGUCCAAAAGCAGCUUUGCAGCAAUCUGCCGAAUCUAAUCCAUAACCACUCCUUUUCUAGCCAACUAUUACUGCUUUAAAUAAGAAGUGUUGAUUCUCAAUGCUGCUGUUAGAGUUAACUUAGAGACAGGAACAGGCAGCUUGUCAUUUUCCUGGUGGGGGAAGCCUUUUGCAAAGCACCACAGCUCCCCCCUGUCCAUUUAUCCUCAUUUCCAAGGAAGUACACCAUGUUAUAGGAAAAAACCCAUUGCAAAGAUGUAUUUAUUGUAAAGAAAUGACUCAUUUUUCUGAACCUGGUGGUCUCGGUGCACUCCAGAUGUGUUUUAUUUCAUUUGUGUGAACUAACUGGCGCAUGUUUGCUUAGGUCACAGGAGUGGAGUAACCUGCUCUUAGGUACGUCUCCUCUGUUAGCAUGACUUUACCACAUCAGGACACACUUCUAAUGUUACAGCCAUGGAUUGUUUUGACUUCUCUUAACGGAACCGUUGCAUGCUGCUUGUUGUUUAUUGCCUACAAAUGUAAAUGUCUGGAUGAUGCUUUACCCUGGUUGAGCUGGGCUGAGCAGAACUGCUUUGUGAGCUGGAGGGAAGAUGGGACUUUGUGUCUAAAGGGUUUCUUUUCUGUAUAUAGUAAUUAUGGGACUGAGCUGAGCCAAGUGCUUCUCCUUUUGUAGUAAUCUGCUUUCUCUUGCCUACUCCGGAGGGUUGGUGUAGACACAAUUACUUCUCUGAACAGCCACCAGUGCCAUCAGUGUUGGCAGCUGCUCCAGCAGCACUGAAGAGAAAGGAGCAGAUGUUUACUACAGGGACUAAAAUGUGUGAAUAUAUAUAAAUACAUGUAUUUAUAACCCUUUCUAGAUCUGUAUCCAUGUGAACAGUGUUAUUUAGGAAGCUUACAGGAAAAAGACAUAAGGCAAAUACAGCACGUGCUGUCUGAUCUGAAGGGCUGUGGUGUAUCACGGACCACUUGAGCUGCCUCUCUCUUCACUUAGGGUACAGGUUGAGGCUCUCUAAAUGCUGUCUCAGAAACUUUAGGUUGCUUGUGAACCCCUUUGUUGUAAUCUCACAGGAAUCCUCCCAGUUCCUCUUGUAACCUGCUCCGAUGAGUUCACCGGUUUGUGCCUUUAGGACUUUUGUUUUUUGAGGAUGCUGAUUUUUCCUUGGAAAGUAUUCUUCUCUUUUUAAUACACUGCCUUUAAUACAGAGUCUUCCUCUUUCAGCAGUAGGAAGUGUAGGAGUCACUGGGUUGUUGUGCAGGCAGUGGAUGGAUGGUGCUGCAUCCUUAGAGUGUGCUUGGACUCUGGCAAACUUGGUGUGAGUGUCUUAAGCAAGGUGGGAGAGGAGGGGAGGGGAAGGAUGCUGAGGUGCCAGAAGAUAGAGGUUGGAAGAAGCCAAGGGGAUGCUUCUGACUGGAAUUCCCUGCCUCAGUCUCCUUCCCCAGAUUGGAACAGACAUGAUGAAAACCAGGGAGUAUUCCUUUUCCCCAGCCUGGUGUGGAGAGAGAAGGGACAGGAGUUGGUUGGAUCUCUCUCUGUCCAUUUUCUGUCCAUAUUUCCUGGGGAAGAGCAGCUUAAGCACACUCCUGCUCCCUUUCAAAGCCAUUGCUCGGGUUAGCUGCCGUGUGGCUGCUGUGAGCAGUCAGGUUGCUGCAUGCUGUCAUUGUGAUCCGGUGACAAGUACUUUGAAGCCAUACCAGUGACUUCUGCAAAGCCAUGACUUCUGUAGCUCUGCCAGUUCCAAAGGACCUGAAGUCUGAAUAUCCUUGCCCAGAGCAAUAUUUAAACAUAAUGCUCAGGGUAUCUUAUCUGAGAGGGGUGGGAGAUUCGCUCUGUUGCUUAAACUCAGUUCUUCAACUUCUUUAUUGAGAUGGUCUCUCUUUUUCUGAUUUAAAUCUUGAGAUAAGGCUGGUUUUCAUCAGCAAAAAACCUUUGAAACUUUACACUCUGAGAAUGCUCAGGAACAUUUUUGGGAUUUAUAGAACACUUAUCACUGCAGAGUAUAAAGAACCUGAUCAAAUGCUUUAUAUUUCUAUGGCAGUUUAGAGGCCAGUUAUCGACAUUCAUCUGGGUGGUUAUGAUCUCUCCUGACAGAGAGAGCCCAUAGCUUGCCAGGAGCAGAAACCUCAUCUGGUUGACACCACAGUGAUGUGCCCAUUCUGCUCCAGCCCCUUUGCUUGUCACUCCUCUGCUUUCUUUCAUCCUGUAUCUCAUACAUGUCAGUGCUGUGUUGGUUCAGUCCUGCUUUCACCCCUUUCCCUGGAUGCCUGCACAGGAUGCAGUGCUGAAAGAAGGGAUUUUGGGAUGCCUGUGUUGU